ACCAUGGUAGCAGAACGGCAUCCACAGCGAUUGGCUGUGUUAUGGCCGUAAAGCACUUCGGCGUUGUGACUGUCGUAGAGUCGGUGGCUAACAGUCAACAGCGAUUUUUUGACAAAAGGGUCUUCUAAACGGUGCAAUUUCUAUUUAUUUUUUAGUACUUUAGGUGCAAAUAGUUAACAUGGCUGAAAAAUUUGAUAAUCUGGAGGAGCAUCUGGAGAAAUUUAUCGAGAAUAUUCGACAGUUGGGAAUCAUCGUCAGCGACUUCCAGCCGAGCAGCCAAGCAGGGCUCAACCAGAAACUAAAUUUCAUGAUAUCUGGACUGCAGGACAUCGAGAAGUGCCGUCAACAGCUCCAUGAGAUCAACGUCCCGCUGGAGGUCUUUGAAUACAUUGACCAAGGUCGAAAUCCUCAGCUGUACACCAAGGAAUGUCUGGAGAGAGCCUUGGCGAGGAACGAGCAGGUCAAAGGGAAGAUUGAUACUAUGACGAAAUUCAAGAGCCUUUUAAUCUCCGAGCUCGGCAAAGUCUUUCCAGAGGAAAUGGUCAAGUAUAAGGCCAUACACGGGGAAGAUGCCCCCUCCUAGUGACCGCGACACCGCGACCCCUGACCUUCAACCUGUGACCCUUGAAAUGAAAGCCUGAAUGGAGUUUGACCAAGCAGGUUCCUCUGUGGUCGCCGGCAGAAUAUGAUCAUAACCUUGUAUUAUUUUUUUUGUAAAAGAUGUGAUGCUGUUGCCAACUAGUCCCCUGAGGGAGAAGGUUUUUAUUUCUGCUCAGCACCCUGACUCAGCCAAUCCUCUCCUUUUUCUCAAACUUUAAUUUAAAGAAAUGCAAAUCAUUAGCAAGUAUAUGGGAGGAGUAGUGAGGAGAAACAAAUCGUUUUCAGCACUUGGUUGUUGCCAGGAGACACAUUUGUUUUUUUUAUGUCGCUGUUGAUGCACUCAUUUGGCAGCAGAGGCAAUUUCUACAACUCCCAACUGUACAGAAGAAAAUAUUCAAGAGCUGCAAGGCGCCCGUCUGAUUCUGCAUUAAGGAAUUUACUCUCAUCAGUUGUACAUACGGUAUAUUUAUACUCUUACACUCUACCUUUUGUAAUGCUUCCUAAUCAUUGUGCAACAUCCACUUGUACCACACAGUUCAUGACAUUUUGUAUCGAGCUCAGGUUUCUAAUGGCCACGAUUAUUGAAUGCAAACGCUGUUUGAUGGUAAUUCUGUGCCUGAUCACUCGUAAUGGUCAGAAAUGAGUCCACUCUUUAUUUGUAACUUGUUUGUAUUAUACUUUUUGUUAUUAAAUGAUCCUUGUUGGGCUAAU